UGGCUUCGGCGGGGCCUCGGUGUCAUUGAGGACAGCCACAAGCUCCAAGUUUCAAAUUGGCUUCCGCCCAGGAGCAGCAGCUCGCUGUCCGCCGGGCCGCCGUCGCUAGCGUGCCUCGGUCCCGGCCAUCCUCCUGCUCGCCGCCGCUGUGACCUCCACAUCCACCUGCUUCUCUCCCACGUGCCUCAUCGAGUCUUGGGGAAAAGUUCGAUUCGAUUUAUUUGGUUUUUCUUUGGGACCUCCUCGUCCUCGCCACCGCAAAUCAAGCCUCCCCCCACGCCCUCCGGUGCCGCCCACCUCGCCGUUCCUACCACCGUCCACCGCCGCUUCGCCGCCCGCCGCCCCGAACCAAUGGCGACGGAGCUCGGCGCUCGACGCCGCACUCCGGCGAGGGCUUCCGCCUCAGGAGUCGGGAGCGACGAGAACGCGCCGCCGGACACCGCGCCUUCCACCCCCGCCCCCACGGAGCCCGGUGCGGCUUUCCGGCCUCCCCUCCGCACCAUCCAGCUGCCGGCGUCGGGUGUGAAGCGGGAGCCCCAGUGGCCAGUGCCGGCGCCCAAGAAGGGUUUGGGGGUUAGGGCGGGCAAGACGCCGGCGCGGGUGGGCGCGAUGACCGCUUCCCUUGCGCCGGCGAAGAGCGUGAGGAAACCGGCACUGAGGUUGGGGUUGACGACGACGGGGGCAAGUUCUGCGGAGGUGCAACGUUUCAAGAUCCGAGAGGCCAUCUCCUUCUGGGAGGAGAACCACAAUGUGCCGCAUGUCUCGUCAACAUCGCAAAAAUAUGACUCUCAUGCACCUGCAAAGAUAGAAGACUGUUCUGAGGAGGGUUUCAUGAGGAACUCAGAAGAUAUAUUAUUAAAACUGCAGCUGGAGUUGGACAUACUUAAAACAAUUCUUGUGGACGAGAAAACAUCUCAUGCAGAAGUUGAGCAAAGAACAACUGCUUUAGCUGAUGAGCUGAAAGCAGCAAAUUUACAUAUCCUUCAAGCUUGCAGGCAGAAGGAAGCCAUGGAAAAGGAACUGAAUAAUGCUAGGUCUGUUAUAGAAGCUCUUGAAUCGCAUAUUAUUUUGAUAAAUGAAUUAGAUAAUCUGAAGAAGAAUAAUUUCCAAAGCCCAGUGCUUCUGAAGAAGAGGGAUAUGGAAAUCCCGAGGUUAAACAGUGAGCUUGACAUCCACUAUGGAAAGGAAUACGUGCCCCAUGAAGAGCCCAAAAUGCAAACUUUGAUUUGUUUCAAUAGUGAAGAUUCACCUUUGAGUACAAAGCUGAAAAGAAUGCAAGCUUCACUUGAGAAAGCACAGAACUUAAAUACAAGGUACCAACGGGAUCAGGAAUCUCACAGUUCUGCUGAGCAAGAAAUGGAUAAAGUCCGUAGGCAGGUAGAGAUUGAAACGGCUGAGGUGAUUUUAUCCUUACAAAAAGAGCUGUCAUCACUCCAGCAGCAGCAGCUAGAUGCCAGUGAAAAAAAUGAACUGUUGGCCAAACAAAGCCUUGAUGAAAUUCACAGAAUAGAGCUUUUGUUGGAUGAAUCCAUUGAAACACUUGUUCAGAAGGAGGUUCUUGAACAAAACUAUGUUUCUUUACAAAGGGGGAUGGAAGAAGAGAUUCGUCAGCUGGAGUCACAACUAGACCAGUCAAAUAGAUACUACGAAGCUAGACUGAAAAAACUAGAGAUAAAGAGGCAAGAAAUGGAUGAUGAGGCUGCAACAUUACUUAUUUCAUGGAAUAAAGAAAAAGAGAUAGCACAGGAAAGGAAGACAUAUGCUGAAGAGAAGAAUGAAGAAGUCAAGCUAUUGGAGAGGUCAAUUGAGGAUCUCGAGAUUACUGUAUGUUCAUUGGAAAACAAAGUGGACAUCUUCAAGGAAGAAGCAGAACAACAAAGGAGGCAGCGAGAAAAACUAGAAGUGGAGCUACAGAAUGUCAGGCAACAAUUGCUAGCUAUGCCAUCCUCCGGGAAAGCAGGGAGCUCCCUGGAAGAUGGAAUGGUUGAUUUAGCCGACUCAACCAGGCACCCGAGUGAUGUAAAUAAUGAGCUACUUGGUGCUCAGGAGAGUAGAAGAAUACUUCGAAGCGAGGUUUCUGAAAAGGAAUCAGAGAUUUUAGGAGCUGUCCAAGAAGGCCCUACGAGCAGCACUAUUAGGCAUGGACGUAAUAUGGGGAUGCUGCCACCCUUUGAAUUAAUGCAACAAAGCUAUGUAAGCGAUGCAGAAACUUGUGCUGAUGCUUGCUCAUCUGAUGAUAUAUCCAAAGAAGAUGCAGAUAUUUCUCUACCUGAUUCACAUGCUUUGCUGCACAUUACAAGCCAAAGAAAGCCAAAUACAAAUCCAGUUGUGUUGGCAGUCGAACUAGCUACUCUAGCUGUUGAGCCAGCUCCUCUAAUGGAGCACCCAGAGGAGCCUUCUUUAGAUGAGUGCAUGCAGGAGGCGGAACAGUUAGAUGUGGAGAUGGCACAACCUCAUUUAGCAGAUGAAGAUUACCGGCCCGAGAGCUCACAGUUUGAGCACCCUAGUGCAAUUGAGCAGCUGGAGAUGUCCAGUGCCAGUGAGCAGCCUGAGUUAUAUGGUAAUGGUGCAGAUAGUGAUCAGUCCAUGUCUGAGUCUGGAUCAGAGGAGAAAGUGCGACCUCCAGCUGUAAAGCCAUUGGUUGAGGUUCUGAAAGAGAAUGAGUUGCCUCCAGUUGCUCCAAUGCGGCCUAAUGAUUUCGUGAACUACAUGAGGGCCCCUUCUGGUGAGCUGAAGAGGCUCAGAAGUAGGAACCACUACGAGGGGCAGAGGACAGCGACAGACAGGAGGUUCUGGUCCAUUGAGCAGCAGGACUUGUACACCUCCAUAUAUAGUAGGGCCAAAUUGGUUGAUAUGAAGUGGAUUGACUGGGAGCAUAUUGAUAGCAUAAAGCAGUUUGCUGGUUUCAGAAAGCGGUGUGCCCAUCUGGGACUUGAGCAGAUCAUGAGUUAUUGUUGUGAUUGGGACAGUGAGUUGAUUAGGCAGUUUUACUCUACAGUUCACAUCAGCGCUGACAAGACCUCCAUGACUUGGAUGACAGAUGGCAGGAGGAUCACUACCAACAAGAGAGCAUGGGAGGAGAUGUUCGACAUUCCUGAUGGUGUUCACACUGAGAUACACGGAGCUUUUUCUUGAUGAUGA